AUGGCUCUGACGAAUCCGAGCUGGACGGUUCUCUACGAUGUGGUGGAUGUCACUGUCCUACCUCGAUGUAGUUCGGACCACCAUCCUUUGUUGGUGGAUUUUUCUCAUACCCAAGAUGUGAAAUGGGAAAAGAGCAAUAUGUUUAAGUAUGAAGCUAGCUGGGCAAAGCAGAUGGGGCGUCAGGAAGUUAUCAAAAAAGUCUGGAGGGUAAAACAGCGAAACUUUGAUCCAUGGAAGAAUAUCCAGAGCAAAUUGGUUGGCUGUCGACGAUCACUGAAGCAAUGGGUGCGCAAGCAAGGUAAUCCGGUGGAGGAACAGAUUAAAAAACUAGAAGCGGAUCUUAAUAAAAUUCAGGGGCAAGAGCAGUUGAGUAGUCCUGGGGCAGAAGGUCCGCUUAAGGAAGAACUGCACUCCCUGUUGGAACAGGAGAAGUUAAGAUGGAAACAACGAGCUAAAGAAAAUUGGCUAAGGUAUGGGGACCGCAAUUCCAAAUUCUUCCAUCCAAGUGCAAAUCAAAAACAUUGUCGAAGUAGAAUUUCGGUGAUCAAUGACAAGGAUGGCAGGCAGUGUAACACAAAGGAUGAGAUUGAAACAGCCUUUAUAUCCUACUUUCAAGAAUUAUUUACUGCUGGAGAUAAUUUGGCUGUAACAGCUAGCAUCGAUGCUCUAGAAAGAAAGGUUACGGAUGCUAUGAACUAG